AUGAGCAAGAAUAAUCACAAAUGCUAUGGCUACCCUCUACCGGCCAAGUCCAUCCAUUCAUCCACUGAAGCUUUAAAUUCUAUUGAAAAUGACCCAAACUUUUUGGAAAUGAAAAUUCCAACUUCACCGAAAGCUAAAAAAGAGGUAAUGAGCAAAUCUUCGAUGUACCUGAAGUUCAAACUGUUAACCAUCAUGACUACCUUAAGUAAUGGGUUCUUCAUCAGGGCUGAAACUGCUUUGUCUAUUAAGACGUUUUUUGCCGAGUGCAACAUCCCAGUGUUGGACCAUCCGCCUAAUUUGCCUGAUAAGGCACCAUGUGACUUUUAUCUGUUCCCCAAACUCAAAUAG